CAGCAGAUUACACUAAUUAAUUAUCGGAAUUAUCUAAAUCUCAUUCUCUAAAUCUACUCAACAAAAUCUUAGGGUUCCGAAUUUACUAGUAUUUUUUCUUUAGCUCUGAAGCCUCUCCGUGCAAGUAGCAUGUACUAGAGGUACUGCAGAAGACUUGCGAAAGGCGGACAUUAGACCCUAAUUUUGUGAAAAUGAGCCAAGCUGUUCAAGGGGACAACUCCACCGCCCCUGUUGCCCUUCCUUUGAAGCGAAGAAGGGGUCGCCCUCGUAAAGAUCCUAGCCUAAAGCGUGUAGGUCGACCUCAAGUUCCUCCACGUUUUGAGCUAGUGCAAGAGAUCCAACCACAGCAAGUAAAUAGAACAGAUGGGAUGAUAGGUCAGGCUGUUACAGGUGUUGUUGAGGCUGCAUUUGAUGCUGGUUAUUUGCUUAGUGUUAGAAUUGGCGACUCCAAUACGAACUACAGGGGUGUUGUUUUUAAGCCAGGACAUUAUGUUCCUGUCACAGCAGCAAAUGAUGUAGCCCCACAUGUUCAGAUGAUUAGAAGAAACGAGGUCCGUCCUCCUGCUGAAAACCAAAUUCAAGUUUAUGGCCAAAGGGCUGAGCGGAAUGGAUUGCUUAAUGUUGGAUCUAGGUCCUCAAAAAAUAAACAGGUAGUACCACAUCCUUCAGUCCCUCCAGUGGGUGCCAGAGGCACAGUGGUUCCUGUUGUGCUACAACCUGUCAAUUUAACAAAUGGAUUAGCAUCUAGCCAAAAUCCUGCACACCAAGCUUCUAAUAUGGAGUCUGCAAGAGAGAGAGAGGUCCAGAUGGUUGCGCCAUUAGCUAUGCUGCCACCUGACGGAUCAGUAACCUGUGGUCAGGUACCACCGAUACCAACUCGUGAAACAUUUCCUUCACAAACUCAAGUUAGCGACAAAGUGGCAGUAGGUGCUGGGCAGAAAGAGGGUGGCUCUCAUAGCAAGGGAACAGAAGUUGUGCAACGGAAAGAGGUGAAACCAAUUUUAUCAACCAACGUUAGCAUACCUGUUGAAGUAACCAAGGGGUCUCAAGGAUCUGCUCCGCCAGCGAAAACAGAUACGAGAAAUAAUGAGGCCUCUCAUGAGUUGUCAGCAGAACAGUCACCUGUAGGACCCAAACGAGAUAUUCGUGACAUGAAUCAGGUUCCCUCGGCAGAACCAACUGAACCUGUAAAUCCCUCUCUUCAUACCCAGGCUAUAUCUGUUUCAAAGCCGUUAAUGAAUUAUGGGACUGGCAGGAUGACUGAACUUUUACAGGCUGUGCAGGAAAAUCUGAUGGAGAACCAGCUGCUUCGUGCUGGAGAAUCAGGUCUCGGUGUGACAACUAUCCCAAAAACUGAUAGCAGUAUAGAGGAGACUAGUGUUCAGUAGAUCUGGCAGAUUGUAUAGUGCUACUAUGUAUUUAACUACCUUAUGAAAUUGCAGCUGGUCCUUACGUGGAAUUAGUCGGAUGGCGGAUGCGAAAAGACCAUAAAAUAGGAAGCAGCUCCGGCAUAACAUAAAGCCCGUCUCUUUUAUGUUUAUAAAUUCAGACUAGAAAUAUGCAUAUUAUUAAACGCUUGUGGGAACUGUUUAUAAUGGUAUAUUAUCAUCUCCGUACAUGUGUCUGCCUUGCAAUUCUAUUGAAUAAUUAUACUAUGUGGCUAUGUCAAGGUUGCCAAAUUAAGCAAAGGUGACCACUUGAUAUUAUA